AUGGUUGUGAUUAUUGAUGAUAUUUUGGUAUAUUCGAGGACCCGGGAGGACUAUGAGGAGCACUUGCAAAUUGUGCUCGAGACCCUCCGUGCCCACCAGCUGUAUGCGAAGCUAGAGGAGUGCGAUGUCUGGCAGGAGAAGGUGAAGUUCCUCAGUCACGUGGUGACAAGGGAGGGUGUAGCUAUGGACCCCUCGAAAGUUGAUGCAGUGUAUCAGUGGGGCCAGCCCGCGAACGCUACUGAGAUUCAUAGCUUCCUUAGUCUGGUGGGAUACUAUCGACGAUUCAUCGAGGGUUUCUCCCGUAUUGCAGCACCGUUGACUUGGUUGACAUGGAAGGGUGCUAAGUUUGUCUGGAGUGACGCAUGCCAUGUUAUUGGGGAUGAGCUUCCGACUUUUCAAGCGGUAGUACAGAAGGCUCAGAUUUAUGAGACUGAGUGGGUCGACACGCAGAGCGAUCGAGACCAGAGAAGAGAUCAGAAGAGGUGGGCCACCUCCGGUAACUCCCAGCAGCAGCAGCGUCGAUGGCCGCAGAGGCACAGAAACUACCCCGCCGUCUGA